CUCCAUAGCUCAAAAAGAAAAAUAUUUCCAACUUCUUAGGAACAUAGUUUAACAUAGUAGUACUACUUGAUCCAGCUAGCUAACCAGCAGCAACAAUGUCACCGUCCUCUGCAAAAAGAAAAAUAAAAAUGCACGAGAACACCCAGUUCGACGUUGCCCACGUUAAAUCCAAAACCUUUUCUGAAACAGAACUUACUAGAGCCAAUCUCGCCGAUGCCCAAUCCGAACCAAAUUAUCCUCGUACCAAAAAGCCCACAUCUCAAAUCUCACAAGCCAAAACUUCCCAAACGGCAAUAAAAGGAAAAUUCAUGAUUAAUUUUUAAUUCACCAUUAUCCCUCCUCAGUCCUCACUGCCAAAACCAUAACUAAAAUUUUCUUUUCUUUUCUUUUUCCCUCAGUGUAAUAAAAUCGGAUUUCUCGAAUUCGUGAUUUUCUUAUUUCGUCUCUCUCACAUGAGUUGCUGGGUGUAGAGAGAGAAUAAAAGAAAACUAAAAAAAACAAAAACAAGAGCUGCCCGAAACAGAGAUCCCCUAUUGGAAAAACUUCACUCUUCGAAGCGAUUUUUCGAUCCUUUUUUUUUAUCCUCUUUUUAUUGUUAAUCUCUAGGAAUGAUCGGUUUGGAUGAUAGAAUUCGUUACCGCUGUGCGGACAUUUGAUUUUGUUUAAUAAUAACUCGGUGUUCUUCGCUUGGCCGCCAAGUUUAUGCUGUGUAUCGUGUAAAUUAGGGUUCAUUGGAGGCUAAUUAGGGUUUUUGGAUUGAAUUGGGAGUUGGAAUUGGAUUUUGGAGGGGUAGUUGAGGGAGAUGAUAAUAAAGAGGAACUUGAAAUCUGUAAUGCCGAGUGUAAAACGUUGCCGAGCCGGCGAUUCUGGUGGCGGAGACGAUGAAGAAAGUUCAGGGAAUCGAAAGAAACGGAAAACCAGUACCGGCUAUUAUCCGCUGCAUCUGCUCCGUGAGGUUGGCUCUGGAUUACCCUUCAGUGGUUAUGGUAUACAGAGAAUUCUGGCAAAAGAAGGCGCCGCCGGUGCAACCACGGCGGCUUCGUGGUGUAACGGAGCUUCGUACAGUCGGGGGGAGGCGGAGUCCAAAUUGAAGGGCAAACAAAGUGGUGGCAACGGCAACAGAACAGAGCCUUCACGGCCGCCGCUGGUGAGAACUUCUAGAGGGCGAGUUCAGGUUCUUCCUUCUCGAUUUAAUGACUCGGUUCUUGAUAAUUGGAAGAAAGAUAAGAGCAAAAUUGCUGUGAAGGAAGAGGAUUCGGAUCCUGAAUUUGAACCAUCCAAGGAUAAAUGCAAUUCGAAAAGUUCCAGAAUUCGAGAAUUGGGGAAUACAAAGCACAUUGGCAAGGUCCCUGCAUUUUUGGAGGAUGAAUUUGGCUCCAGAGGGAUGAAUAGUUCCAGCUUUAAGAAGCAUUCUAGUUCCCGGAGCACAAUAACGUCGUUGCAUGAGCAAAUAACUGAGGUUGAUGAGUUUGAGGAGUUAGAGGAAAUUAUUGAUUUGUGUGGCAUUGAUGAGUUCUGCAAGGAGGAGGUAAAGAGGAAGGGCAGAAUAUAUGGGCUGGAUGACUUUCUGCCAGGUGAUAUAGUUUGGGCUAUAUCGGGGAAGCAUUCACCUGCUUGGCCAGCUAUUGUCCUUGAUCCAGACACGCAAACUCCCCAACAAGUUCUGAAUUAUCGUAUUUCCGGCGCAGUUUGUGUUAUGUUUUUUGGUUACUCUGGUAACGGGACGCAAAGGGAUUAUGCUUGGGUCAAGCGCGGAAUGAUAUUUCCUUUUAUAGACUAUGUAGACAGUUUUCAGGGACAGACCGAGUUAAAUGAUGGGGAGACUGGUGAUCUUCGAUCUGCCAUUGAGGAGGCCUUUUUGGCUGAAAAUGGGUUUAAUGAGAUGUUGUUGCUUGAAAUUAAUGCAGCAGCUGGAAAUUUAGAAUAUUUCCAGUCACUUAGUAGAGGGGUUUAUGAGGUUUCUGACUCGAAUCAAGAUAUUGAUUAUAAUUCGUUGAACAAGGAACUGUUGAGAAAGAAAGGGGCUGUAACUUGCGAGGCAUGCGGAACAAGCAUCUCUCCUAAAUUAUCAAAGAAAUUGAAUGAUUCAAAUCCCGCAGGCCAUCUCCUGUGUGCUUCAUGUGCAAGGUUGAAAAAAAUAAGGCAUUACUGUGUCGUAUGCAAAAAGCUUCGUAAUAAUUCCGAUAAUGGGACUUGGAUACGCUGCAAUGGCUGUAAAAGUUGGGUGCACGCUGAGUGUGACAAAACUUCAAACAGGAGUUUGAAGGUUUUCGGCACCACUGAUUACUUUUGCCCCGAAUGCAAAGCCAGGUUUAAUUUUGAAUUGUCUGAUUCGGAAAAUAUGCUCUCUAAAACGAAAAAUAAGAAGAAGAGUGGUCCUCCUGACAAGGUUUCGGUUGUCUGCUCUGGGGUGGAAGGCAUCUACUUCCCUAGCCUUCAUUCAGUUGUUUGCAAGUGUGGCUCUUGUGGAACCGAAAAGCAGGCACUAAGUGAGUGGGAAAGGCAUACAGGUUGCAAAACCAAAGAUUGGAAGACAAGCAUCAGGGUGAAAGGUUCCAUGAUACCGUUGGAACAAUGGAUGCUGGAGGUUGCCGAGUCUCAUGCACAAAGUCUUGUUCCUGUCAAGUCCGUGAAGCGCCCUUCAAUUAAAGUCCGGCGGCAGAAAUUGCUGGCAUUUCUUCAAGAAAAAUAUGAACCCGUUUAUGCCAAGUGGACGACUGAGAGGUGUGCAGUAUGCAGAUGGGUUGAAGAUUGGGAUUACAAUAAAAUAAUUAUAUGCAACAGAUGUCAAAUAGCCGUUCAUCAGGAAUGCUAUGGUGCAAGAAAUGUUCGUGAUCUAACUUCCUGGGUUUGUAGAUCCUGUGAGACACCUGAUAUUGAACGAGACUGUUGCCUCUGCCCUGUCAAAGGUGGGGCUAUGAAGCCCACUGAUAUUAGUCCGCUUUGGGUUCACGUCACUUGUGCUUGGUUUCAACCUGAAGUUUGUUUUGCAAAUGAUGAAAAGAUGGAGCCUGCCACAGGCAUCUUGAGGAUUCCUUCAAAUUCUUUUGUGAAGAUCUGUGUAGUUUGCAAGCAAAUCCAUGGUUCCUGUACACAAUGUAGCAAGUGUUCCACUUAUUACCAUGCAACAUGUGCAUCAAGGGCUGGUUACCGCAUGGAGUUGCAUUGCUUGGAGAAAAAUGGAAAGCAAAUCACCAAGAUGGUCUCGUACUGUGCUUAUCACAGGGCCCCGAAUCCAGAUAAUGUGCUAAUUAUUGAGACUCCUAAAGGGACUAUCUCAACUAAAAACCUGCUCCAGAAUAAAAAGAGUACUGGCUCUAGAUUGAUUUCAUCGAAUAGGUUGAAACUUCAUGAAGCUCCAACUGUAGAGUUGAAUGAUGUGGAGCCUCACUCUGCUGCAAGAUGCAGAAUUUACAAGAGAGCAAAUAAUAAGGGUGUGCGAAAUAGUGAAGAAGCCAUUUUCCAUAAGGUUAUGGGACCUUGCCAUCAUUCUUUAAAUGCUAUACUGAACUUAAAUCCUGCCCGGGAAAUAGAAGAGCCAAAGAAUUUUUCUAGCUUUAAGGAACGACUUCGCCAUUUGCAGAGAACAGAAAUGGAUCGUGUUUGCUUUGGAAGAUCUGGAAUACAUGGGUGGGGCCUGUUUGCUCGUAAGGAUAUUCCUGAAGGAGAAAUGGUUCUUGAGUACCGUGGGGAGCAGGUUAGGCGCAGUAUAGCUGACUUAAGGGAAGUGCAGUAUCGCAAUGAGGGAAAAGAUUGCUACCUAUUUAAGAUCAGUGAAGAAGUUGUGGUUGAUGCUACAGAUAAAGGAAAUAUUGCGCGCUUAAUUAAUCACUCUUGCAUGCCCAACUGCUAUGCAAGGAUCAUGAGUGUUGGGGAUGACGAGAGCAGGAUUGUACUUAUUGCCAAGACAAAUGUGUCUGCUGGUGACGAAUUAACGUAUGAUUACUUGUUUGAUCCCGACGAGAGUGAUGAAGUCAGGGUCCCGUGUUUGUGUAAAUCUCCAAAUUGUCGAAAGUUCAUGAAUUAGGUUAGAGUCGAUCAUCAUCAACACACAGUACAGACAGACAUUGUUUCUCCGCAAGGAGCUCUAACUAGAUGGAAAUGGACCUCACAGCUGAAACCCUAGUUUUGGAACAUGCAAACUUGGUUCUCAUUUUUUGAUAGUUCUCAGCCCUGAGGUGAUAAUAAUCUUUGCAAAAACUACCUUGAUAUAGGGGCAGCCAAGCCAUGUAUAGAUGGGAUUAUAUAUGUCUGAUCCAAUAGUUACUUGAUACAAUAUACACAGUUCUUUUGCCGUAUUGUACUCCCUUCGAAUGUUUGAGCAUUCUUAGUCUGUACUUUGUGUAAUUUUGUCUAAGCGACAUCAUUUUUUAUUCUUCACAUUAUUACUUGAAUUGCCUCUGUUUCCAGACGUAAAGAUGGUAAGUAUGCAAGAAUGAUAAAAGUUCGCAAGUACGAGCAGAGUGGUCCUUCUGAAAUGAAGGAUGGAUACUGGAUGUUUGUUUACCGGGAUUUCUCUAGUGGGCCCGUGGACUUGUUUUCUUGUAGUACGCCAGAAGCCGGCCUACCUCAUUUUCUUUGUCUUUGACUAAUUGAUAGUGUAUGACGACCAAUGAGGUUACUUGUUUAUUACUAGUACACCCUCCG